GGAUAGGGAAUGCACCGGCUUCGUGUGGACAUAGCCUUAAUUGCCUGUCAGUAUUGUUUUGUGAGCUAAUCUUCAAAACAUGGUAAGGAGCGUCACAUUUCCGGCUGACGUCAGAAGUAUUCACGCCAAUCACAAUGUACAGAUUAGCUGGCCAAUCAAAGGACACUGUGCUUUUCAGAUCGAUGAGUUUUGUACAAAAUCAAGGCAGGGCAUAGAGGAGGAACAAUAAUGUACGGUAUGCGGAAAAUAAUGUGUUUUUUUACAAUUAACCACGCAAACACAUUGUACUACAGCAUUAGACAAAAUAACGUUUUUAGCAAUGUAAUAGGUGCUCUUUAAGGUGGAAAUAGACUCUUGAGCUGAGUGAGGUUUAAAUCAUGACUUAUGCAUUAUCUAAAUGAUAUUAUCUUCAAAUCAUCAGUUUUUCUUGUGUGUCAGCUUUGUUCUGUAACAGACUCGAAGAAUGCUUGAAGCGCUUUCCAUGUGAAUAGCAGAGAAUCACGGAUCUCAAGUGUCCUCUGAAAGCACACAGCACUAAAAUAUAUUGUUGUGGAAAGUCUCUCUAUUGAUGGUCCUCUGGGCUACUGCACGGCCAGUCGGACACAAAGAGGGUGAAACGGUCCAGAAAACACUUUUGUGGGCCUUUUCUUCCCCAGCAGGGUGAUUAAAACACCCCAGCAGAGCCCGAGAGGGGCGGAGCUGAAAGCCACCGGGUGUGCGUCCGUUUAUCCAGGGGCUUGUGCUAAAGAGAAACAGAUUUGUUUUUCUCUGCUGUAAAUUGAAGAAGUGGUUUGCAGAUGUUGAGCUUCGUGCAAUCUCUCUCUCUCUCUCUCUCUCUCUCUGUUUGGUUUUGUUCUCUAAUGCAGUGAAAGAGACCACACAGCUCGCCGGCUUCAUGAAAUUUAUAAACAUUUUAUUUAUUCUGUACAGGAGGUGAGCUUUGCCAAAAACUGCGUUACUAUGGAAAGGAAUCCGGUGCAAGGUCCCGUUUACAACCAAUAGAACAACAGAAUCCAUAAUGAAGAGAGGAGAAGCAGAGGGGAGCUGAGGGAGUUUUGGAGGAGGGGUCUCUGUGCGUAAAACACCAGAGGGACAAAGGCACGCAACAGAUACGGGACAUCAACGUGAAGAUUUCAAACCAAAGGUGAGAAGUUAAAUGAAUGCGCACUCGCAGAGGAAUCUGAUGUCUUGGUUCAGAUCUUAUGGAGACCUGUUGAGCUUUAUUUCUGAUUUCAUUUUGGCUGAACUUUAAAAAAAAAACACACACACAGCGAUGUUACUUAUUUCGGUAUCAGUUCGCUUUUUGGCGCGCAUCAAAGGACUGAACUUAUGGACGCGCAGUUAAUGUGAGAAUGAUGGAGAUGGAGAGCUGCUGCCUUCGCGUCGCGUUUCUCCUCGCGUCUUUAUUGAUGCUCGAUGCGCAGAUGCUCUGUUGGCAGGCGAUUCUCACGUGCCACAGAGAGCGAGACUGCGAGCUCGCGUAUGAUCAAUACCUCACCGCGUGUGACGCGAACAUCCGCGGUGCCCGGGGUCACUGUCCGAGCCACUGCAUCAGCGCGCUCAUCCGACUCAACCAGACCACCGACGGGCCGAACUUGGAGAACUGCGACUGCGGGAAAGACGCAGAGUGCCUGCGCACCAAACGCGCUAUCGAACCGUGUCUGCCGCGAACGCAUCCCGGUGGCGCGCACGGGAUCGGCUGCACAGAAGCGCGGCAGCGUUGCGAGGACGAGCCCGGCUGUCAGUCGUCUCUGACGGCUUAUCUUUCCCGCUGCGGUCAGCUGUUUAACGGGAGAAAAUGUUCAUCCCGGUGUAAAGCGACUAUAGAGGAGCUGCUGGUCAUGCCGAACGGGAUGAUGCUGAACGAAUGCGUGUGUGAUGGACUCGAGCGGCCUUUCUGUGAGGUGGUCAAACAAAACAUGAUGAGACUUUGCUCUAUUGGAGGGUUUUCUGUUGACCAUGAUGUCAUGGAUGAUAUAUACGAGGACGAGGAUUAUGAGAUGAAAGAUGUGACGGACUCGUAUGCGGUGAUGUCCACGUGCAGUGCCAUCGCUGGUUCUCGACAGGUGCUUUUACUUUACGCGGUGUUUGCUCUCAUCUGCAACACUCAAUGAAGUGGAAAGUGUCCUUCUCAAACACACAAGACUGAAGGAUUUUGCUCCCAUUAAGACACAAACUCACUGCAGUCUUUUGAUUUGAUUUCAUCACGACAAGACUCUUUUCUGGUGCUUCAAGUCUUUUUAUUCAGUAAGAUCUUUGACAAACGAUCGUCUGUGUGUUGCCAGCAGUCUUUCAUUGUCCUCACAUCACACUUCAAAUAUUUGCAGUGUGUGUCCGCUUAAAGGAGUUUGUGUUGGGAUCAAGUGCUUCAUUUAAGUGAAGAGGCUCUUCAGAAGCUGUUAAACACUUUCACUUCACUGCUGGUGUCUUGAUUCAAUGAUAGAUGCUCAUUAUAUACCAGUCUGGUCUUGGUCUAUAUAGUCCUGGUCUUAAGUACUGGUUUGAUGCUAACAUGUAUCAACACAAGUUUUGCAUCUUAAACUGGUCAUGAACACUGAAGUUUCUGUCUGUAUCUCAAGCAGUUCAAUAUUAAAGGAAGGUCAUACUUGUUUCA